GAGUCACCGCAGUGGCUGAGCUGCUGACAGGAGGCGGCGGCGGAGGAGUAGGCGAGGCAAGACCUGCGGCUCGGCCUGGCCUCAGCCGCUGGAGCUCUAGGCAAGCCUUCUGAGCCACGCCAGUCUCAGCCCGCCCGCGAACCUCUGGCCCCCCGCCCGUCCCUAGGUCAGCCCAGCCUCCUCCGCCCGACUCAUCGCGGGCGGCCUAGUCUGCACCACUCGCCGGGCUCCAGGGGCCGCCGCCCCGUGCGGUCCAGUCGGCGUCCCCGGCCGCGCCCGGCCCCCAGUCUGCUUGCCUGCCGGCACCAUGAUGGAAGAGAUCGACCGGUUCCAGGUGCCCACCGCGCACUCGGAGAUGCAGCCGCUGGAUCCAGCCGCCGCCUCCAUCUCAGACGGAGACUGUGACGCCCGGGAGGGUGAGUCAGUAGCCAUGAAUUACAAACCAUCCCCGCUCCAAGUGAAGCUGGAGAAGCAGCGGGAGCUGGCCCGGAAGGGCUCCUUGAAGAAUGGCAGCAUGGGUAGCCCCAUCAACCAGCAACCCAAGAAGAACAAUGUCAUGGCCCGGACCAGGCUGGUCGUCCCCAAUAAAGGCUACUCCUCCCUUGACCAGAGCCCAGAUGAGAAGCCACUGGUAGCACUUGACACAGACAGUGAUGACGACUUUGACAUGUCCAGAUAUUCUUCCUCUGGCUAUUCCUCUGCUGAGCAGAUCAACCAAGAUUUGAACAUCCAGCUGCUGAAGGACGGCUACCGGUUAGACGAGAUCCCUGACGAUGAGGACCUGGACCUCAUACCGCCCAAGUCCGUGAACCCCACCUGCAUGUGUUGCCAGGCCACGUCCUCCACCGCUUGCCACAUUCAGUAGCGGGCGGGGCUGCAGCGGCCAGGGGGCCGGGCCGAGCGGGCCAGGCUGGGCGGGCAGGGGUCGACCCCUCCCCAACUCGUCCUCCUGCCCCCAACCCUGCGCCCCCUACAGCCGCAACCUCGUAACAGUCAUUGCUUCCUCCUAUGGUAGGACGUGUACCUCUGUGUUCAUGGAGCGGGAGAAACCAAAACCGGGUCCCUCUCCACCCCGGGGGCUGAGGAGGGAUGGAGGCUGUUUGUUCAGUUACUUGGGAGACCCUAUCCAGCACCCUGCCUCGUCCCUCAAGGCUACAGUACCUUGUCCAAGAGAAGGAACUGGGCGGCAGGGAGGCCAACAGUAAUGAGUGGGGGAAGGGAUCACAAAGCCAGGGGCUUAGCCCCACCCCUGUGAAGCCAUGAACUCCCAGCCCCAGCCUGUCACGGAAAGGGAGGAAGAAGGCCCUGGCCUUGGGGACGGGGCCCAGCACCUCAGAACCCCCACGCGGCCCUCUGCGGACCCAUGUACCUAUUUGCGCUUUCCUCUCAUCAUCAGGCAGGAACCCUGGAAACCCCGCCCAGAAGGAUACUGUCCGUCUCCC